AUCAAGCGUCUUCAUUCAUGGUGACGGCCAGUAAGAGGCUGUCAGCACACGUGACCGCGAGGAGCUUCACUGGAGUGUUGUUGCAGUAUGGCCGAGCCAGCGGUGACAGAGAGCGGAGGCGCUGUUCAGAGAAUGCUGUCUGUUGUUGGUGUUCACAGUCUGGUCAGCAGUUUGUGGAGCUAUGUGGACACCACGAUAAAGUGGUGCUGGAUUCCUAGUUGGCUGCCAUCAUGGUGCCCCACUUCUCAGAGCCAGCUACAGGCUGCAGAGGACAGGAUGCUCAGAUGUGUAGACAGUUCUUUCUCCAAAAAGUACGUCCCCAUUUCCAAUGACAACCAGCUGUGGACCUUGACCUUUAGCAGUGUCAGUGUGAAAGACAAAACCCCUAUGGUUCUGCUCCAUGGGUUCGGAGGUGGUGUGGGCCUUUGGGCUCAGAACCUGGAUGCUCUCUCUCAGUGUCGGCCAGUCUUUGCUCUGGACCUGAUGGGUUUUGGUCAGAGCAGCAGACCUCUGUUCUCUUCAGACGCACAAGCGGUAGAGGACCAGUUUGUGGAGUCGAUUGAGCAAUGGAGGGCUAAAAUAGGUCUAGAGUCCAUGAUACUGCUGGGACACAACCUGGGAGGAUACCUGGCUGUGUCAUACUCCAUUAAGUAUCCUGGCAGAAUAAAGCACAUAGUUCUGGUGGAGCCCUGGGGCUUUCCUGAGCGCCCCGACACAGAGGAGUCUGACCGUCCCAUCCCCUUGUGGAUCAAAGCCCUUGGGGCCAUGUUCAGCCCGUUCAACCCCCUGGCUGGCCUGCGUCUGGUCGGACCUCUGGGUCCAACCCUUGUCCAAACUCUGAGACCUGACUUCAAGAGGAAGUUCUCCUCCCUGUUCAGUGACAACACUGUGUCAGAGUACAUCUACCACCUGAAUGUGCAGACCCCCAGUGGAGAAACAGCUUUUAAGAAUAUGACCAUUUCCUUCGGCUGGGCUAAGAGACCGAUGCUGCAGAGGAUGGACCAGCUGCACCCUAAAAUCCCCAUCACCAUUAUCUACGGCUCCCGCUCCAGUGUUGACAGCAACUCAGGCUCCACCAUUAAAAAGAUGAGACCACACUCUCAUGUGGAGAUCAUUACGAUCCGUGGAGCCGGACACUAUGUGUAUGCCGACCAGCCAGAGGACUUCAACCACAGAGUGUCGCAAGCAUGUGAAAAAGUGGCCUGAAGCAGAGACGGGCCGGGUCAAUGAACUCUGGGGAAAAAGGGGCGCACCAGUAACGCUACGCACAUCAUGUAGGCUGCUGGUGUAAAACCACAGGAUACCAAUUUCUCAUGGCAGGAAUAAGGAGUGUUUGUACAUAAAAAAUAUUCUAACAGGAGGAUCACACUGGUGCUCACAAGUUGUAUCUACUGACCAGGGAUUCAGUCAUGUUCUUAGAAAUUUGGUAAAUAAGAUUCAAUGAAUUAAGUCCCCUCUUAAAUGCUAUUUAUCAGUGAAAAUAUGGGCUGACGUCAGCUUCAUUUUCUCAGAACUGCCUCCAAAUGCAGUGAAGAAACACACUUCUUUCAGUGUUGAGCACAUUUUCAACCAGAUGUGGCCUUUAAUAGUUCCUAUUGUUUCCCUUAUCCGAAUGUGCAAUAAUUUGUAUAUAAGUGAUAAACAUACAUUUAACCAUUUAUGAGUUUCAUUGCAUAAUGUUAGUUCGCCUUAACGUUCAUCAGACUGAAACAGAAUCAAUGUCACUGCAUUCAAAGAGCUCAGUUACACUUCCUGUACAGAGCUUGAUCAGUGCAUUGUGGUUUUUCUAUAUAUUCCGAUACAGACAGGAAGUAUACCCAUCAGUAUAUAGUUCCACAGCAUCAGCACCAGGAAGCGGCUAUAAAUGAAUCUGCUGCCAGUAAUGGUCUUUUCUGUAGGGUCUCUCCUCUGUGGUUUUUUCAUGCUCUGAAGUUUUACUAAAAUUUGAAUUUCAAAUGCAUUAAUUGUGAAUUAAACCAGAUUAGCUUUAGUCAAGCGCAGAAAUAAGUUGAAAACUACAAGACCUAUUACUUUUGUUUUCCUGUAAUCUGCAUAGACUAUAUAGUAUGCCUGUGUGACAGUAUGUCAGUAGAGAAGGGCCACAUAUUUUAAUGAUAAUAUGACCAUUUUAUUUGUAAAGUGCCAAAUUAUAACAUACAUGAUCUCAAGGCUCUUUACAUAGUUAGUUUGAGACCGUAAAAAUGAUAUACAGCCAACAAUUCCCACAAUAUGGCAUUUUACUUCAUGUGAUGAAUGAAUGAUUUAUACUUUAUUUUCCCAAGCCCUUGAUAGAACAAAAUUCUUAUCUCAGAGAGCAUUGAGUUUUAAAGGAGCACAGAUACAUGAUAUCCACCAUCAUUCCCAUUUUUAGCUGGAGUCUGUUCACAGCUUCAACAUUCAGUCAUUCUUGACCUGCUAUUGGUACUCCCCCCAAUACAGAUACUCAAAUUCAAAGCUCAGCCAGGAUAGGUAAGGAUAAGGACAGCAGUCUCUGUAGUACAGAUGCAAAGUCAGUCUUUAUAUUAUAUGAGUAUGACAUGUCAGUUUAAAUUAGCAUCAGUCUUACCAAUCCUGCAGUGAACAUUACAACUUUUUGAUUCUUUAACAUAUUAGCUUGGAAAACCCAUUAACCAGUUUCAUGAUGGUGUUUGUUGUGGUAUUUGUUAAAGAAGGCCAUGUGGUAAACAGCCUAGUGCCUCAGCUCUCACCUGUCGAGCAGGUGACAUUUAACCGUUAAUGGUUUUAGGCUUUUGGUAAAUGCUUCUUGUUCAGUUGCUGUAAAAACAUAAAUAUAUGUUGGAAUAAACAACACCACGUCCUGGUGAGCAAGGUUAGGCUCCAAGUCUAAUUUGUGAACGGAGCAUGAAAGGUUUAACAAAUUAUCAGGUUGCAUUAUAAGAAUUGUAGGAUCUAGUCAUUGAGAUGGACCAAUACUAAGGCUAAAAGUCAGGAUAUAUCUGACUGCGUACUCACUGAUGUGCCCCUUUCAGGUAAUACCUGCAGUGUUUCAAUUUUAAUUGAAAUAAUUGUCAUUUAAAAAAAACUGUGGAAUGUCUACGAUGUAUAGUUAAUGGACUCACAUGCCUCUCUACCUCUUCUGCUGCUACUUUGGAAAGAAUAUAUUUAGGCCUGUCUGUUUUUUAUGAAGGUGAUUUUAUAAUAUAAAUGUUCUGGUGUCAUUAUUCCAUCAUAUUAAAUACACAAACUCAGAGUUUAAAGAGGCUACUAGAAGAAAGUCAACGAUGCUCUUACUGUGAAUUGAUAUUAGAAAUAAUUUGUCACAGGGAAAUAGUACUUUGUAAUUUUACCGAGUGCCUUGAGCCAGUCGCUUAGCUGUUAUUGUCAACAUGUAAAACCUGUUAGCUUGCUUCCAAAAAUGUUCUCUCUUGUGAUGGUUGUCAAAUUUCUACUUAUUUUAAGUUUAAAUACAAAUAAAUG